AUGAUGCAUCCCAUUUCCUCCUAUUCGGUACAUAAAAAUCAUGAUCCACCUCCUAUGAACGUUUGGGUGGUCGUAACAGCACCAGUUAGAAUAGACCUGGCUGGAGGCUGGUCUGAUACUCCCCCAAUUGCUUAUGAACAUGGAGGGAAAGUUGUAAAUUUGGCUGUAAAGAUUGACGGCAAGGUUGGUCAAUAUAUCGCAAAUCAUCUUGAACAGCGCGAAAACGAAAGUGACCAUACUAACUCGAGACAAAUUCAAAGCGACCUCUAUGCACAAAAGCACGACGUAUACCAAGAAGUAAUUUGUGAAACGGGAGAUUUGAACGAACAACUAGAGAAGUUUGGAGGAGGUGUCGAGAUUAUGGCUAGAUCAGAUGUGCCGCAAGGAAGUGGUUUAGGAGUGAGCAGCAUUCUCGCUGGCACGCUAUUAAUAGCUCUGGCUGCAUUACGCGGCGAAGUAUACGAUUCCGAAAGUCUAGUCUACGCUGUGUUGAAAGUGGAACAGAUGAUGACGACCGAUCAAGUCGGAGGAUUGAUCCCUGGAAUCAAAUAUGGUUAUUCAGAAGCUAAAGUUCCUUUGACAGUAUCGUGGACCCAAAUUCCAAUAUCGCCGUCAUUUUUACAAUCAUUCGAAUCGCGGUCGGUGUUGAUAUACACAGGGAGAAGUCGCCUAGCGAAGAAUUUAUUGAAUACCGUGAUCGAGAGAUGGAGAGUCAGAGAUGCAGAGUUGGUGAAGGUUUUCGAUCAAUUGACUAGUGAGGCAGAAAAUGUUGUCGAAGGACUGAGAAGUGAAUCCCUCACAAAAAUCGGCACAUAUCUCUCAUCGUACAAUUCCUUCAAACACUUUCUUUCUUCUCCAAAUAACGAACCGCCGACUAUCCCAGCACUCCUGACGUUCCUUCACCCUCUUAGUCAUGGUCUUGCCUUGUGUGGCGCAGGGGGAGGGGGAUUUUUAUUUGCUUUAUUAAAAGAGGGUAUCGGAAUAGAAGACGUUCAAGAGAUCGUUAAGCGAGUUGAGAAUGAUAUUAAAGGGGAUGAGUGCAUGGAAAAUGUCGACAUGAACGUAAAUAGAGUAGAAAUAGAUUUUGAUGAAGUAAUUGCAAAGUGGGAACAAUAG